CGCUUGCAGUGCCCAAAUAAGCACGCCGUGAAUAUUGGUUAAACCCCUAGGGCCGAAGAUCCAAAUGUCAGUAAAAUUCCCUCUCCUCCAAAUCCCUUUGAUAAAUUUCUUCGUUUCUUCUACCAGAAUCUUCCGCCACCGUCGAUUCAUCUCCAUGGCGACCCAAAGCUACUUUGAUUUUCCCUCAGCGGCAACCACAGAUUACCCAGUACCAUUAUCUCCGCCAUUGCCUGCCUUAUCUAAGGACAUAGAGCCGAAUAGAGCCUUAACGGCUUCUACAAAAUCCGCUCUGUUUUCUCUUUCGAGAAGCCAUGUUAUAUUCGAAGAUGAAUGGCUCAUUGCGGUUAAUAAGCCUCAAGGAAUUUACUGCGAGAGCGUUUUGUGCUCACUCCCGGAUUUACUCAAUGACACCGGGGCUAAUGUUUCCGAGCUUCAUUUAGCUAAUAGACUUGAUCGUGAUACAAGUGGUGUGAUGUUGAUUACUAAGUUACACAAAGUAGCAGCUAAGUUCGUAAAAGCAUUUACAGACCAUAAAGUAAGAAAAACAUACCUGGCUUUCUGUGUUGGGCUUGCUCCCAAAUGGGAAAAGAUAACUGUAAAAUCAGGUCAUGGACGGUCAAAAUAUGGAGCUUGGCGUGUUUAUGCUGCAUCAGAUGCGGGAAGAAAACUGCCAGGUGGAUCACUCGUUAAAGACAUGGAGACCUCUUUUGAAGUAUUAUCAGUGAAUGGUCUUGCGUGUUUUAAAGAGGUUUCUGACUUACAAAAAGAUGGAGCUGUAGUCGUAGUUCAAGAGAAAUCUGUCAUUGGUUGUGACUCAAAGAAAGAUGAGAUUUUGGUCAGGGCGAGCCCUCGGAGCGGAAGAACGCAUCAAAUUCGCUUGCAUUGCCAGUAUCUUGGAAUUCCUAUACGGGGAGAUGUAAGAUAUGAAGGUGUCUAUGAGUGGAAGGGAAGCAGAUAUGAUGGUCAUGAACUUCAUGCGGAAAGUUUAUCUUUUGAGCAUCCUAUUACUGGGAAACCAACCCUGCUUCAGGCACCUCCACCUUGCUGGGCUAUUCAAUCUUUAAGGUCUCAGUUCGAGUAAUGAUUGAGCUUGCAGUUUGAUAGUAGUUUGAGCUCUCUCAAGCAAAUGCUGGUGUCAAGAUCAACUUGGGCACACCCAGACUAAUACACGGGUACCUGCUAUCUCCGACCUGCAAAAAUGUUGGUGACUAUCCACCAAAGUUCAGAUAGAUGGAAAAAGUUUGACAUUAGUUUUUUUUUUUCUUGGAGGAUAAAGUUGCUGACGAUAUGCUAUUUAUCUGGCUUUGAACUUGAGAAAAAUAAGCUCGAUAGUUGUUGACUAUCUACUAUUUAGAAUUUUCUUAUGCAACAGCUACAACUAAAUUGGAGCAUACUGACUAAUAUGAAAUUAAAUUAUGUGGAGCAUCUACGGAGAUGUUCUCAUUCUCUUCCAUUGUACCGCAAAGGCAAAUGACAAUACACUGGCAUCACUCUGCAAGUUGUUCAACAGGGGGGAGAGUUGCGCAGAGCAACUGCAGGCUGCAUCACCGGAAAGGGUUUCCAGUCAGAUGUUAUUGACAUUUCAGUAACUGCCCUGUAUGUUAAUCUGCUAGUUGUUGGACGAGGGAGGGAAAGGAGCUGCAGGCUGCUGCACCGAAAAUGAUUUCCAAUCAGAUGUUAUUGCCAUCUCAGCCAUUGCCCUUUAUGCUAAUCGUUAUGGAGGACAUUGCAAUUCACGUCAAUAACAGUUGCAUCUCAUGUAGUGCAUUUUUAAUGGGAGUUUCUUGUUAUUAGUGUUUGCUAUGUCAUCUUUGCUGGGAAACGGGGAUAUGUGCAUAAAAUUGUGAUGGUCCCAGAGCUUCCUUGUUCUUAUUUAGCAUGCUGUGGUAGUUUGUGCUCCAGAGAGAUAGGAGUACUAUGUGAUGAUUCAUGUUGCUCAUUUAUUUGUGUUGGAUAAGAAACAUUAAAGCGGUGUAUGCAUCAUUCAAGGGUUCUUUCCUCUUUUCUUCAA